AGACAAAAAAGAAACUCAGCAAUCCCAUCUGAUGCAGUCUACUCCCUGACCUGAAAGCAGCUAAGAACACAGCAGCAGUUUCCACCAGAUGUAACAGCAAGUUAGUCCUUCUGUCCCUUGAUUGCCAGCCCAAACCGUUAGACGGCAACAAGGACAUCAAAAUUGCGAUAUUCUGCGCACUACGCCACGAGCACGAUGCCGCACAGCCCCUAUACAACGGGCCGUAUUCGCGAGCACAGAGUCGUCCUCCUCUUGCUUGGUGGCUCGGGCAAGGUGAAUGCCGCGAGGGUACUAGGAAAUCUUGGGUUCCGCCGCAGCUACCCUGGCAUACAACUGGGCCUUGUUGUCGGAAUCUGUGGCGGCGUACCUCAAGCCAAGGGCGAAAAGAUCUUUCUGCGCGAUGUGGUGAUUAGCGAGGGCAUUGUGCAAUACGAUUAUGGCAAGCAAUAUCCCGACAGGUACGAAGGCAAGGACGACGUCGGGAUCUUUGGCAUGAACUUUUUCGUCUUCGACACCGAAGCCCGCAAGAUUGUCAUUGCCCAUGACUUUUGGAUCUUCGUCCUCGCCUGGCUGGGCCUGUCAUUCCUGACGGGGCUCAUAUUUCUGUAUACUUGGUGGAAAAAGGGGCGGGACGGGAAGAAGAAGGCCGAGGCUUUGGCGACUGCUAUCGAAGAUGGGGCAGGAAAGAGAGCCGGGACGGAGGUGACGCUAGAUACACUCCUCACCAUCUUCAUCUCCUCCAACGCAAUCCCCUCAGUCUUCUCUUGA